AUGAACAUCGUGCGUUGCAUGCUCGCUGAUUCUACGCUGCCGAGCCUUCUUUGGGGAAAACUGAUGCAGACGGCAGUCUACCUGAGCAACCGGACUCCUCAUGCAGCCUUGCACAACGGAACGCCGUACAAGGCGCUAUUUGGCACGGACGCGCACCUUGGACACCCUCGGGUGGUCGGGGCACGGGCGUUUGUGCAUGAAGAGACGCACACUAAGAAAUUGGACAGCCGUGCAUGGGAAGGACGGUUGGUGGGCUACAGCCUGGACAGCAAAUCCUACCGUAUCUAUAACGCUCAGACGAGACGGGUGCGGGAGAGUCGCAACGUUAUCUUCAUCGAAACGACCCCCUCGCCGCCUUCGUUGGACGAGCGUGGCCUGGACAGCAAAUCCUACCGUAUCUAUAACGCUCAGACGAGACGGGUGCGGGAGAGUCGCAACGUUAUCUUCAUCGAAACGACCCCCGCGCCGCCUUCGUUGGACGAGCGUGGGUUUGACGACGGGGAGUUCACUUACGCCGACCACGACGACAUGAUCCGAGAUGUGCGCAACUACACCACCAACCACUCGGUCGAUGCGCUUUCUCCCACUCAUGCCGUCGGGGAUCCGUCUGUUCUCGAGCUUCUCGAGGACAUCUCCACCGUCCACAACCGUGACCUUGGGACCAACUCCGCAGACCCUGCUCCUGCCGCAGAGGAUGCGCCUGCGGACGACAGCCUUGCCUCGCCUGGAGGAGUCAGCCCUCCUGAGCCGGGUGACGGUGCAUCAUCACCGGCCGCAUCGUUGUCUGCUCCUGCUCCGGCCGGUUCAACAUCCAGUCCUGCGACGCCGCCUCGAGCGUCGGUGACGCCCGCGGUGGCUCUUCGCGUGGUGCAUCUACGCGUGGUGGGCGUGGCUCGGGUUACCCGGGCAAUAUCGCGCGUGCCCAACAAGAAGACCCUCAGCGAACUUCGUCGACUCUCGUAUGCGUUUCCCGCGAUGGGGGAAUUUCCUGACGUUGCGCACAGGGACGCCACGUUGGGCUUCACGGAAUACGCAUACACCGUAGGGGGAGUACAACCAGACGUUCCUAGAACCAUUCAGGAAGCACGGGCUUCACCGGACGCAACGAAGUGGAACGCAGCCGCUGAACGCGAGAUGAAAAGCCUCAGCGACCGCAAGGUCUACAAGCUCGUCCCGCGCUCGGCCGUCCCUCCGGAAAGGAAGCGCAUCAAGUCCAAGUGGGUGUUCAAACGCAAGGCCGACGGGACUUUCAAGGGACGUGUCGUGGCCCAGGUUGAGUUCAACCUCAUCUUCGAUCAGAUGGAUGUUUCUACCGCUUUCCUCUACGCGGACAUCCAAGAAGAAAUGUUCGUGGAACAACCACCCGGUUUCGAGGUCAAGGACAAGGAUGGAGGCAACUGGUUCAACACCAUCGAUCCCGUGCUCGUCGAGAUUGGAUUCGUCGCACUCAAGUCAGACCCGUGCGUGUAUUUGUACGAUCACAACGGGGCCAAGAUCUACCUGACUCUCUACGUCGAUGACCUUCUCCUGGCCGGCAACGACUCUGACGCCAUUUCGAUGGUGAAAGGGAAGUUGCAAAAGCGCUUCAAAAUGACCGACCUGGGGGAAGCAUCUCUUGUCCUCGGGAUGGAAAUUAGGAGGGAUCGCGAGGCAAAUACCUUGACCAUUUCCCAGGAAGCGUACUGCAAAUCAAUCCUUGAACGGUUUGGGAUGUCGGGCUCCAAGCCGACCAGUACACCUGGGUACGGCUCCGAAAUCUCAAAUAAUAUCCAACCAGAAGACACACUUCUCGACGAGAAAGAGACCCGCAAGUACCAAGGGAUCAUGGGAUCACUCAUGUACAUUGCGCUAGUGUUGAGAUACGACAUCAUGUGCGCGACAGGUGGUUUCAAGCUCGCGACUUUCUCGGACUCCAACUGGGCGAACAACCCUGACAACGGGAAGUCCACCUCGAGCUACCUGACGAUGCUGGCGAACGCUCCCAUGAGCUUCAGGUCAGGGCUGCAAGGUCUGACAGCAAUGUCCACCAUGGAAGCAGAGCUGGUCGCGUCGGCGCUGGCGAUGAAGGAAGCAGUGUUUUGCUCCAACAUGAUGACGGAACUUGGAUUUGGGAAAUAA